AUGGGAGUUGACGUUGAUCGCAACAUAUUUUGGGAAGGCCAAACGUAUAAGGUCAAGGUGGUACAAGAAAUUAGUUCCAAGCUAAAUUUUCUUUUACAAAAUGUAAGUUUCCAACUUUUGAUAAUUGACUAUAUCUUCUAUUGCAGGCUAAUAUCUGAUGUUUCGAGUGAUCUUACUAUAGAAGUUGGAUCAGCCAGUUUUGCUCUUCACAAGUUCCCUCUGGUUUUGCAAAGUGGAAGAAUUAGAAAGCUGCUGCUAGAGGCGAAGGAUACAAAGGUUUCAAGAAUCAAUCUUACUGGUCUUCCUGGCGGAUCUGAUGCAUUUGAACUUGCUGCAAAGUUCUACUAUGGAGUGAACGUUGAGAUUACUAUAUCAAACGUGGCGUUACUCAGAUAUGCAACCAGGUUCAUGGAAAUGAUAGAAGAUAUCUCCGAGAAAAACCUGGAAAUUCGUACUGAGGUAUUCCUUAAGGAUGCGGUAUUUCCAAACAUAUCCAACUCGAUAUCUGUUCUUCAUCGCUGUGAAACAUUACUUCCGAUAUCUGAAGAAGUCAAUCUUGUUAGCCAGUUAAUAAACGCAAUUGCAAACAAUGCUUGUAAAGAGCAGCUAACAUCUGAUUUGUCAAAGCUAGAGUAUAAUUUUUCACCCAAACCUAUUCAGUGCGUUGAUUCUGAGACACCAUCAGACUGGUGGGGAAAAUCACUCGCGGUGCUAAAUCUGAAUUUCUUUCAGAGAGUUUUGUCGGCAGUAAAAACAAAAGGUCUUAAACAAGACAUUAUCAACAGAAUUUUGAUAAAUUAUGCCCAGAAUUCUCUUAAGGGCUUGUUCAUCAUGGACCCUCAGUUGGUUAAAAGAAGUUUCUUGGACUUGAAUUUGCAGAAAAGACAAAGGAUCAUCGUCGAAACAAUAGCAAGCUUACUACCAACAUAAUCCAGGAAAAACGCAGUGCCAAUGGCAUAUCUGCAAUAGCAACAUCAGCAUCGACUUCCUGCAAGUCUGAUCUAGAGAGGCGCAUUAGUAUGUAGCUUGAUCAGGCAAUUCUUGAAGAUAUUCUCAUAC